UAGCUGCCAUUGCAAGGAGGAGGGUGCUCGUAUAAGUGUGUGUGUAUGUGAGAGAGAGAGAGAGAGAGAGAGAGAGAGAGAGAGAGAGAGCACUUCCAGACACACACACACACACACACACUAGUGCAAGGUUGAAGCUGCUGGAUACCAGUGUACGGGCUCCACAAGCCCACGAGCUCACCAGCAUGGACCAGGAUCUGGCAAGCAAAAGGCUCCACUCGAGGAUGGAGGCGUCCUGUCUGGAGUUGGCUUUAGAAGGUGAGCGUCUGUGCAAAGCCGGAGACUUUAAAGGUGGGACAGCGUUCUUCGAGGCGGCGGUUCAGGUAGGAACGGAAGAUCUGAAGACCCUCAGUGCCAUUUACAGCCAGCUGGGCAACGCCUACUUCUACCUCAAGGAGUACGCCAAAGCUCUGGAGUAUCACAGACACGAUCUCACGCUCGCCAGGACGAUCGGAGACAGAAUAGGGGAAGCGAAGGCGAGCGGGAACCUGGGGAACACUCUGAAGGUACUCGGACGCUACGACGAGGCGGUCGUGUGCUGCCAGAGACAUCUGGACAUCUCUCAAGAGCAAGGAGACAAGGUUGGCGAGGCCCGGGCGCUGUACAACAUCGGGAAUGUGUUUCAUGCCAAAGGGAAGCAGCAGUUAUGGGGAUGUCCUCAGGAGCCAGGAGACCUUCCGGGUGACGUGAGGGACACGUUACAGAGAGCCACCGCUUUCUAUGAAAUGAACCUGUCGCUGGUGAAAGAGCUGGGGGACCGGGCUGCUCAGGGGCGGGCUUUUGGUAACCUUGGUAACACACACUACCUUCUGGGUAAUUUCGUCGAGGCCAUCAAGUUUCAUCGCGAGAGACUUUCCAUCGCUAAAGAGUUCGGAGACAAAGCGGCCGAGAGACGAGCCUACAGCAACCUGGGCAACGCGCUCAUCUUCCUCGGCCAGUUCAGCUCAGCGACCGAGUACUACAGGAAAACACUGCAGCUCUCUCGGCAGUUGAAGGACCAGGCGAUGGAAGCUCAGGCAUGUUACAGUUUGGGAAACACGUACACACUGCUGCAGCAGUACGAGCGCGCCAUCGACUACCACCUCAAACACCUGCUCAUCGCUCAGGAACUCAACGACAGGGUGGGAGAAGGCCGUGCGUGCUGGAGUUUGGGAAAUGCCUACGUGUCUUUAGGAAACCAUCGUCAGGCUCUGCACUACGCACACAAACACCUCGACAUCUCCCGAGAGAUCGGGGACAGGAAUGGGGAACUGACGGCUCGGAUGAACGUGGAGCAGCUGAUGGAGGUGCUGGAUGUGAAAGAGGGAGACCUUUCUCCAUGCGGGUCAGAGUUCGAGAUGCAGGGAGCUCGGCCGAAGUUUAAGAAGAGGAACAGUAUGGACAGUGUGGAUCUGUGGAAGUACACGUCAGAAAAGAACGGAGAUGGACACGACGUGGAUGGCGUGUCCCAGAGGUCUAAACAUCAGCCGUCUCACUCCAACAGGAGGAAAAAGUACACGGAGAGCCAGACGUCAGAGGACAGGCAGUGGCUGGACUCACCUGUGGACACGGAUGACAUCACUCUGCAGGUAACGCCACAGAAGCUGGGUCGCGACCCCUCCAAUGAGGACUGCUUCUUCGAACUGCUCAGUAAGUUCCAGAGCAGCCGCAUGGACGAUCAGCGCUGCCGUCUCAGUGAGGACGCUAACGGUCAGGACACGCACAGCAAUGACGACGCCGCAGACUCGGACAUCAGCGACAUGAUCGACGCCAGCCUCCUGGCCUCGCCUCAGACGGAGGAGCUGUUUGAUCUGAUCGCCAGCUCGCAGAGCCGCAGACUGGACGACCAGCGGGUCAGCGUGGGGAACCUGCCGGGUCUCAGGAUUACCCACAAUAACCUGGGGCACCUGCGCACCGAAGCCGAGCCUCAGGAGCCCAGCGACGACUUCUUCAACAUGCUCAUCAAGUGCCAGUCCUCCAGGAUAGACGAUCAGCGGUGUUCUCCUCCUGAAGGCGGUCCCCGCGCCCCCACCGUGCCGGACGAGGACUUCUUCAGCCUGAUCCAGAGGGUUCAGGCCAAACGCAUGGACGAACAGCGCGUCCAGCUUCCCUCCGAGAACCACUCGGAUAACGAGAACGCCAGCGGAGACUCCAGCUAGACCGCACAGAGAGCAGGAGAGAGACUGAUCAUGGGAAGGUUUCUGGACUAUGACUGCAUCGUCUGUGUGUUUGUGUACGACUGACUUCGUGCACUGUAUUUGAUCCAGGGUGAUGUUUUUACACGCGCCUCCUGCGGUUCGUUAGCCACCAGCCUCUAGUGUUGUUGUAGUGCGCGCUCGCUUGCUUGCUAGCCGCUAAUCAACAUCCUGUACGUGUUUUAAAGUGGUGUGACGCGUUAACGUCCCCGAGCCUUUAAGUGCGCUCGGGUUUUAAGCUUUUAUUCAGACGGGGUGUGGUUCCUCCGGCAGCCGUGACAUGUUCGGUGUCAGUGUUGAUUUUCUCUUUAUAGUAUCGUAUCAUUCAAAUGAUACAGAAUCCUUCAAAAAUAAUUCAAAAUAGGUGCUUUCUGUCUUAUGCUGUUUUUUUUUUUUUAAUUUUUUUUUUUAGUAGCAUGUUGUAUAUUUAUUAUUGCAUCGGUGGAGAAAAAGACUGACAUAACAAUGACUGUGAAAAAUAUGUACAUUUUUUAAAUUAAUUAAGAUAGAUAAGAUGAUUUAACAAGUAAAAAAAAAAUAUAUAAGCUUUCAAAAGAGAAAACAAAUGGACGAUUGUUCUGUUUGUAAAAAAAAAAAAACGAAGCUUUUAUGUUGAUGAUGAUCGAUGCUUUCACAUGCGCUAGAGCUAAAUGAGCCGUAACGUAACUAAGUGGUUGCUUUUCUUGCACAAGUGUCCUAGCUAUCGGGGGGAAAAAAAAAACAUGGAUGUGUAGGCGGAGCUACAAAUACCGCAGAUUGAUCCAAAGCUUCUUUCUCGUUUCUGAUCUUCUUUUCCUCGCAGCUUUGGGAGGCAACGCCACAAUUUUAUCGCGUUAAAUAAUAUUUUCAAUUAGUUUCUGCUUUUAAAAAAAAUGUGAAUUCAUUUGAAUUUUUGUAUUUAUUUACCCAUCGUUUAUUUCAUCCUUGGUUUUACCAUACUUACUCAUAAAUCUUCCAUUUAGUUCACUAUACAGCGCCCUCCAAUAAUAUUGGCACCCUUGGUAAAUAUGAGCAAAGAAGGCUGUGAAAAAUUUUCUUUUUUCACAAAUUUUCUAAUUUUCUUUUUUCUCCAAUAUUAAUGUAGGGCAGUGUACGUGCUCACUACAGUGCUAGUGUGCUAAAUAACUGACAUACAAACUAGUCAACUAACUGAUCAGAAGAAACAGCAUCAGAUCGGAAUGACUCCUGGGCUUAAAUGCUGCUCCUAAACUCUCGUCAGCGCGAGAGACUCGAUCCUCACCUGAUCUGAUCAGUAACGAAACAGAGAUUAGACAGUGAUGGGGAUUUAAUCAGAGUGAAGCAGAAAGGGGCGUGUUCAAGUCAGAAUGCUUCCUUCUGAGUGUUUGAUCUGAUCUGUGUCACACCUCCUCUCAAACUUUUUUCUGCUUUAUCGCCACCUGGUGGUUCUGAGGUUUAAAUUCAGCUGCCAUUUCUCCUCCACUUUCUUUCUUUCUUUCCUUCUUUCUUUGGUAUUUAUUUCCCCCUCUUACUUUCUAUUUUUCUCCUCCAUUUUCUCUUUUCUUUCUUUCUUUCUUUCUUUCUUUCUUUCUUUCUUUGGUGUUUAUUCCCCCCCUUACUUUCUAUUUUUCUCCUCCAUUUUCUAAUUUCUUUCUUUCUUUCUUUCUUUCUUUCUUCCUUUUUGUCUUUCUUUCUUUCUUUCUUUCUUUCUUUCAUUGGUAUUUAUUUCCCCCUCUUACUUUCUAUAUUUCUCCUCCAUUUUCCCAUUUCUUUCUUUCUUUCUUUCUUUCUUUCUUUCUUUCUUUCUCUCAUUUAUUUAUUUGUCUAUUUACUUCUUUUCUCAUUCACUCUUUAUUGUUCUUUCCUCUUCUCAUUUUCCCAUUUGUUUCUUUCUUCCUUUUUUGCCCACUUCCUC